AUGGACAUUGCUCUUUUCUCGCCGUCUUCGCUUUUCGCUGGCUCCGAUGGGAAUUCCUCCGAAGAGGAAAACGCAGAGAGGAAUCAGAAAUUCGAGGAGAGAAGGCACCAAUUUCCUGGAAUGGAAUUGCUCGUCCGAGAAUUUUCUUUUCAUCAGGUGAAUGCUAAUUUAUUGUGGCCUGGCACAUUUUCAUUUGUUGAAUGGUUGGUUCAACAUAGAUCGUGGAUAGAUGGACGGAGAACAAUUGAAUUGGGCAGUGGAACUGGAGCUUUGGCCAUCUUUCUGCACAAAUCUUUUCAACUUGACAUUACAACAUCUGACUACGAUGAUGCGGAAAUUGAGGAGAACAUAGUUCAUAAUUGCCAAAUAAAUGGAGUUACUCCUGUCCUUCCUCACAUAAAACAUACCUGGGGAGAUGCCUUUCCCAUAUCUGAUCCAUGUUGGGACCUGAUUAUUGCAAGUGAUAUUUUGUUGUAUGUUAAACAAUAUGGAAACCUCAUAAACACCUUGUCAUUUCUCCUAAAAUCUUACAAGCCAAAAGCUAGUGAGGCAGUUUCUGGAAAGAAUGAUGAGCAGAAUGAUGCAUGCCCACUUCCCCGACCAGCAUUUCUAAUGAGUUGGAGACGCAGGAUUGGGAAAGAGGACGAGUCUCUCUUCUUCGCUGGGUGUGAAGAAGCUGGUCUCGAGACCAAGCCACCUCCCUCGGAAGCUGGGAUAAGGCUUGGACUCUUGGAUGAUAUGAAAGAUGGAACUCGCUAUAUAGUUUUGCAUUGA